CGGGCGGAAGUAGGAAGUGCAGGCACCGGAGGUGGCUUAGGAGAUACUCUGGGGGCUUGUAUUGUGGUUGCUGUCGGGUAAACAGACAUGGGGCUGUUCGGGAAGACGCAGGAGAGGCCGCCUAAAGAACUGGUCAAUGAAUGGUCACUUAAAAUUCGUAAAGAGAUGCGUGUCAUUGACAGGCAGAUUAGAGAUAUCCAGAGAGAGCAAGAGAAAGUCAAGCGCUCCAUAAAGGACUCGGCAAAGAAAGGCAACAGGGAAGCAUGUAUUAUUUUGGCCAAGGAGGUUGUGCAGUCCAAGCGGGCAGUAAAUAAGCUGUAUGCCUCCAAGGCCCACAUGAACUCCAUACUCAUGAGCAUGAAGAAUCAGUUAGCCGUCCUCAAAGUCUCUGGAGCCCUACAAAGGAGCACAGAGGUGAUGAAAGCCAUGCAGAACUUGGUGAAAAUCCCCGAGAUCCAGGCCACCAUGAGAGAACUGUCCAAGGAGAUGCUGAAGGCGGGGAUUAUAGAAGAAAUGCUGGAGGACACGUUUGAAGGAAUGGAGGACCAGGAUGAGAUGGAGGAAGCAGCAGAGAUGGAGAUUGAUAAGAUCCUGUUUGAAAUCACAGCAGGUGCCCUGGGCAAAGCUCCCAGCAAAGUCACAGAUGCCUUACCGGAGCCGGAGCCAGAGCUGGAGGGUGCCACCGCUGCAUCUGACGAAGAGGAGGAUCUGGAAGCUAUGCAAUCGCGACUGGCUGCCCUUCGCAGCUAAUGGUGCACUGCGCGGUUUCUCCAGUACCGAGAGACUUCUUUUCCUCCUAUAUGUAACUUUCUUUUGUGAAAGUAUUUUGGGGUAAUAUAUCUAUCUCUGGCUUAUUAAAGGUGGCAUAAUCCUUGUGCUGACUCCUCCCCCUGGUGCCGGUGCUCACACCUUGCUUGAGAAGCAUGCCGAAGGGUGAAGACGUGGACAUCUUUCUGUGCCCAUAAUGCACUUGGCCCUCCCUCUGCUGAUGGACCUUGCUCCUAAGGGGAACUAGCCAAUCCAAUGCUGCCUUUUACCUGCUGAGCAAGGUCAGUGGAUUUGAUGGACAAUGGACAAAGAGAGGAGUCUGCAUAAAUCAUAAAUUUCAUUUUACUCUAUGGAAAAAAUUAUUUAUUACCAACGUCUUUUUGCAUUGGCUGCGUCAGUCGCAGCG